AAUCAAUCAGUUCUGGUUGACAAGCAUGCUGCUGAAUAGAGUUUCCAAACAUAUGUGCACCCAAACUUCAUUAUUGAAAGCAGGUGACAGGUGUUCUCUGGGCGAAAAAAAGUAAAACAAAAAAAUUAAAUAAAUAAAUAUUUUUAUGUCAUAUCACUUUAUAAUUUAAAUUUGUUUAUGCUGAAAAUAAUAAAAUACGCAUCCGGUAGUUUGAAGUUUAUAUGAAAGAAAGAUUUUAAAUUAGAGUGUGGUGUUCACCUGCCUAUAACAGGACUGGAAUUUGCAAAUAACACAAGACGGAGCUACACCUGAAUUAAAAUUUGACAAUUGCGGUUCAUAAAUGCACUUUGUGAAUUGAACUGUUCGGAAAAAGCAUGUAAACAAGUACUUAAUAUAAAGUAUGGCGACAAACAAAAACGAAAAGGAAACUAACAUUGCAUAAUUAAGGACAACUUAAGAACAACUAAAUUUUGAUAUUUAAAUGUUUUAUAGUUGACUUCAUGUAUUGGACUGUGCAUUUGGAUGGCGGUCCACGCCGCGUAAAUCACGCAGCUGUUGGUAUUGGAGAAUUUAUAUAUUCCUUUGGCGGUUAUUGUUCAGCUGGUGAUGAAUAUGGUUUCAACGAAGCAAUCGAUGUGCAUGUGUUGAAUACUAAUACACUGCGUUGGUCUUUAGUAAAUUACAAAAAGGAUGAAAAUGGUUUGCUAAAAUAUCCUAAUAUUCCAUUUCAAAGAUAUGGUCACACAGUUGUCGCCUAUAAAAACAAAAUAUAUAUGUGGGGCGGUCGUAACGAUGAAAGUCUUUGCAAGAUUUUAUACUGUUUUGACCCAGAAACGCUAAGCUGGUCUCGUCCCAAAGUUACAGGAGAAGUGCCAGGUGCCAGAGAUGGUCAUAGUGCUUGUAUUGUUGAAAACUGUAUGUAUAUUUUUGGGGGAUUUAUCACAGAGAUAAACGAAUUUUCUUGCGACGUACAUUGCUUAAAUUUUGAUAAAAUGGAAUGGAAAUAUGUGCAAACUUUUGGUGUCCCACCUACAUUUCGUGACUUUCAUACUUCAGCUACUAUUAAUGGACGAAUGUAUAUAUUUGGUGGCCGUGGAGAUCAACAAGGGCCCUACUAUAGCCAAGAGGAAAAGUACUGUAAUGAAAUCGUUUAUUUAGACCUUAAAACUAAAGUGUGGCAUCGUCCAGCUACUACUGGCAAAGUUCCUGUCGGUAGGCGAAGUCAUUCAAUGUUUAUUUACAACGAAUUAAUUUUUAUUUUUGGCGGCUAUAAUGGACAAUUAGAUCAACAUUUCAAUGAUUUGUAUGCAUUUAACCCAAGAAAUAAUUGUUGGAUACUUAUUAAACCACACUGCGAACCACCAGCAGCGCGUAGACGUCAAGUUUGCAUAGUAAAAAGAUCUAAAAUGUUUUUGUUUGGAGGCACGAGCCCAGUGUCUAGUGGACAAGAUAGUGGAACUCUAACGGAUAAUAAUGAUAUGCAUAUACUGGAUUUUGACCCAAGUCUGAAAACAUUAUCCAUGUUAACCGUUCUCAAAUCUCAUAUCGACAUAACAUGUUUACCAGAAGAACUUAAAUUGGAUAUUCGCUAUAACACGCUGCCAAACACAAUAUCAAGACAUCAUCGAAGCAUCAACCAAACUGGAUAAAUGUAAAAAAAAAAGAAAAAAUCGACG